CCAAAGCAGCCAUCUUCAAGACACUUGAUCCCAUCACCUUCUCUAAAAUCAAGCAUCUCUAGACCGCUAUGGAGAUAUGGAAAGGUCUUGGGAAGCUAUGUGAGGGAUCAGAAGAUCUGAGAAAGCAGAAGAUAGAAGUCCUGCUUGAGAAGUUCAAAAGCUUCAAAAUGCUUCCCGGAGAAUCAUUCGAUAUGUUGGAUGAAAGAUUCCACAAAAUCUUGAAUGAUCUUGCAUCACUUAACCACGUUCUUUCUCCCAAAGAAAAGAAUGUAAGGUUACUGAGAUCACUUCCAACCGAGUGGUACACCAAGGCCACAGCCAUGGAAGAAGGAAGAAACCUGGAGAACUACACUGUCCAAGGUCUCCUUGAUGAGCUCAGAAACUAUGAGCACGAGCUGAAGAAGAAAAAGGAAGAACAAGUCACUCCCUUCCCCACGGCACUGAUGACAACUCCAAGAGUCCCUCCAAGUGAAGGGACAUGCCCAAGGAACUGUGACACACCCUCCUCCAGCCAGCCGUCAAGCUCAAAAAUGGAGAACUAUGAUGAGGAAUUUGCCAUGAUGGUCAAGCAAUUCCGGAAGUUCAAGAAGUUCUUCAAAAAGACUGACUCAGUCAGAAGGCCGUCCAAGGGAAAGCAACAGGUAAGUGACUCCCCCCCUGAAUCUUAUCUGUGUUAUAACUGCAGGAAGCCUGGCCACUGGAAGUCAGCAUGCCCGUACCCAAAAGUGGAGAAGUACGGAGAAAGAGAAAGGAACGAGAAGAAAAAGAAGGCAAUGGUUGCUGCUGAAAGUGACGAGUCAUCCAGCUCAAGCUCAGAUGAAGAAGCCCUCGUCUGCAUGGAGCGCAGAGCUGAGAAGUCCAACCAUGAGGAUAGGUGGACUAUGUCUGAAGAUGACAAUCUCUGCUUAAUGGCCAAAGAUGAUGCUGAACAAGAGGUAACUUCACAAACCUCCUGCUCUUCUUCUUAUGAAAGCAUACCAACUUCUGAAAAUCUUUUUGACCAGUUCAAAAAGAUGAUGGAAGAUUUUGAGGAAAUAAAUCUCAAACAUUCAUCCUUAACAGAGGAGAACAAACUAUUGAGUGAAGAGAAUCUCAAGUUGACUGAAGGUCGGAAAAGUCAACUGGAUGAGAUUACUCAGCUCAAAACUGAAAAUGAAUCUCUCUCUGAAAAGGUGAAAUCCCUCAACAAAGAGUUAGGGAUACUUAAGUCCAAAGAAGCAGUGGAUAAGCUUCUUGAAACGACCAACCAUAAGGGUCGUAAAGGACUUGGGUUUGACCCCUCUAGUUCCAAAAGGAAAGGGAGAACAACUUUCAUCCCUCCUAAACCUACUGUUAAACCAAAUAAGCAGAAAGGAAAGGAAAAGGAGAAACCAACAGAAGGUCCCAAAAAGGAAGCCGCUAAGUACCCAGGUGUCUGGUACUUAGACAGCGGCUGUUCAAGACACAUGACGGGUGAUGCGAGUCUUUUGAGCAAUCUAAUUCCCUAUGAUGGUCCAAGAGUUACUUUUGGAGGAAGCAUUGAUUUUGGUCUUACUAAAGGGCUAGGAAAUCUGGUGUACAAGGGACUAACCAUCCAAGCUGUAUCUUAUGUUGAAGGUCUCAAUUAUAACCUUCUCAGCAUAAGUCAGUUUUGUGAUAAAGGUUACUCCUUGGAAUUCUGCAAGGACAUGGCAUCUCUCAAGAACAUUUCCACGAAUGAAGUCAUUCUCACUGGGAAGAGAAUCAGAAACAUAUAUGAAGUAAUAUGGGAUGAUGUCAAGGAAGCCGGUCUAAUCAGCAAAGGUGAUACUAACCUUCUAUGGCUUUGGCAUAAAAGAAUUCUUCAGAUCUUCACUCAAAUUUCUGAGAAAAUGAAGAUUGUUGGAGCAAAUGUUCAUUUCCAGAAGUUGGAAGCCAAAUGCUCCUCACCGCCGUUCUAUCAAAGCUAUCUGGAGAUGAUAGCUGCUCAAGAACUCUCCGAAUUUCUUCAAAUGGAGAUUCGCCUAAAAUUUGAAGAAGAAGUUCUUGAAUUCUACAGAAAUGGAAAAGUCAAGUCUGCUAAAUCAAAAAAGGACCCACAGAGGACGUUUCAAGUCAUCAAAUCCACUGUUGGAGGAACCAAAGUGAAGCUCUCGCAGAAGAAAUUGGGAGAAAAGCUUCACCUUCCCAACUCUGGAGCUGAAAUUGGGAAAUUUCCAGUCAAAAAUCUGGACUGGAGUGUUAUUGGAAUCUCUGGACAAGUUCCUUCUGGCCCAGCGAAGAAAGCAGAUCUGAACAACGACUACAAGUUAGUUUUGGAACUCAUCAUCGCAUGUCUCGAGUGUGGGAGUGAAGGUCAUGCCGAUGACAUCACCCAGGAGAGAGCCUUCAUCAUCAACUCUCUCAUUACCAAGUCAAAGGUAAACUGGGCUGCACACUUCUUCAAAUCCAUUUCAAGACAUCUGGGAAAGCACAACCAGAAUUAUCUGUGUCAAGGUCUGUACAUUGGACAUAUUUUGGAGUCUAUGGGCGCUACUUCUAAAGGGAAGAAGUAUGAAACCAGAUACUGGCUGUACUACUUAUCUUCCAAAGGAGAAAACAGAGCUAGUGCUACUGUUGAGGAGAGCUCUUCAGACAAUGUCCCACUCAUCCAUUUGGCAAAGACUGCCAAGAGAAAGCAAGUGGUGUCUCCCUCCAUCAGCAUUGAAGCACCACAGAACCUUGCGUUAAUCAACUUGGAAGAAGAAGAAGUCUCUGACCAUAGAGAACUUCAAAGGAAGAAGAAGAGGAAGAUCAACUCUCCAUCAACAUCUGAAAAUGUCAAUCUGGAUGAGUUGAGGGAGAAGGAACCUGCUGAGGAAACCUAUGUCCAGAACCGGAGCCCUCAACAACUUGAAGAAGAAAUCCCUCAAGUCCAAAGCCUUCCAACCUCAUCCUCUCAACCUCAAUCAGAUGAUGCUGAAAACCAAUUCUGGCAGCUCUACUAUGAUUGGAAAGCCUGGAAAGUUGGAAAUUCAGCAGAGCAACUGUUGAAUUGGGACCAACAACUGAAAAAUGAGAAGGUUAUCAAGAAGUGCUUAGGUAUACCAGUCAACCACAACUGUGAACAAAUUUUGGAUGACUACUGGGUAUGGCAAAGGAACCCUGAAGACUUGCAUCUGGAACACUUGGCCACCACACCUGUUUCAGACUGUGAAGCAGAUGAUGAAGAUACUUCAGUCUUCAAGCCAGUCUUCUCAAAAGUCACAGAAGAACAAGUGGCUCUCACUUCUGAAGAAAUAGCUGUUUUGGAAGCAACAGCUGAGGAUUUCCACAUCUUUCCGGAAACCUCACCUGCCCUUGAAAUGGUUCUGACAGAAGCUGUUCAAGAGAAGGCAGCCUCUCCCCCACAAGAACAGAACCAGGAAACAGCAGAAGAAGAAGAAUUUCAGCGACAGAUCCAAUCUCAAGUGCUCGAGAUCCUCACAACUCCUUUUGAGAUCUCCAACCAGCCAGAACUUGAGAUUCCGGAGAAGUCAGCAGAAAUUCCGGAGAAGUCAGCUAUUCCAGAGACCAUGGAGCAAGCAGUGGAAGUCCAAAGGAACUCUGGAGAAGCUGAAAAGGAAACUCAGAUGGCAGAAGUGGAGGUGUCUCAAACUCCAAUAGCCAUUUCUGAAGGACAGAACAAAGCUGAAGAUAGUGACUCCCUCUCCAGAUACAUAUCAAAUUUUGCACUUGAUGAAGCAGAAGGAGAAUCUGAGAGGACACUAAAGAUUGCCGAUGAAGAAGAUGUACAAGAAGAUGCUGAAUCUCUACCAAUGCAACUCUUCCAAAGAACACCAUCUUCUCAUCAGCAAAGAAAUCCGGAGAACUCAGCACAGCAUCUAUCCAGCUCAGGACUGGAUGGAACAGAAGUUAUAGGUACAAUUGUUGACCACUUCUCAAAUGAUGCUCAAUCAGAGGAAAGGCGUGAGAAUUUAAGGCGCAUCAAAGAACUCUGUGGAAGCAUGCAGGGCAUCAGUGAGGUUGCCGGAUCUUCCAAGCGCAAGAGAAACUGAAGGUUCUUUUCAUCAAACCAGGGGGGAAGUAUGUGAAAACUCUAAUUUGUUUUGAUGAAAACACCUUCUUGUUUAAACAUUGCUUGAUUGGUUUAAACAUUGUUCUUAAUUGUGCUUACUAUGCUUAAUUAUGCUUAUUUCAAGUAUGAUUUUGAAAAUUUUCUGAAGCGCAUACAUUCAGGGGGAAUGUAACUCAGGGG